AUGCGGUCCCCAGCGUCUUCCCGUCGGGCAAGUGCUCUCCACAGACUGUGUGACAGCUGUCGUGCCUGCGGGCUGUCCAAGGUCAGAUGCUCCAAAGAGAAACCGACCUGCUCCCGAUGCCGCCGACGGGGCACGGUCUGUGAGUAUGUUGUGACCAAACGUCCCGGCCGCAAACCAGACAGUCGAUCCGAGGUGGAGCCAGAGCCCGGCCACUUGUCGCACCCCUUGCCCUCGCCGGAGUCCUCGACCGCGAUCUCGCAAGGCAAUCUUCCGGAUCCGGACGCCUUCGAUCCCCUCUUCGCCUUGCCGGAGCCGUUCGACAGCACGCCCGAACUGCAUUCGGGCCCCUUGUCCACGGUUGACUCGAGCUUGUCCUCUGCACUGACCACCUGGUGCCCCGACUUUGACGACUUUUUCUCCUUUCCAGUCUCCACCGAGGACACCUUGUCUGGAGACCGUGGUGCGGUCUAUGACGGGACGAUCAAACACCCGCCAAACCUGCGUCGCCACAGCGAGAGCCCUCCGGCUGUUCCAGACGACACGAUCUAUCUGUUUGGCAAGCCGGUGGAUCCCGCCCCUCCAGACCAGUCGCUGCCUGCGACAACGACAAUUGGCAGGAGAGCUUCUCCCCCUUCGGGUAGAGAAUCGGAGGCCGGUUCCCGUCGUUUGUCCUGCCGGUGCCUAAUCCGCGCCCUUGACCUCCUCAAGCAUUUUGAGGUCAUUCGAAGGGAGGCGGAGAUCGAAUCCUCGUUACCCUCGAUCGACGCCGUCGUGGAAGUGAACAAGCAGACCACGGAGGCUAUUACGGGAAUGUUACAAUGUCCAUGCUCGCAAAAAGACGGCUACCUCCUCGUCCUGCUGGCCUUGAUUGUCUGCAAGAUCUUGGACCGGUACGCCGCUGCCGCGAUACCCGGGACCGAGCAGGGCCACGAUCCCACCCGCCGGCUCGACGAGGGCCCGAUGGCGGGGCAGCGGGUGCUCGGCGAGCUGCACUGUAUCCAGCGGGUGAUGAAUCAGCUUGGACCGCGCCUCCGAAUGCAUGGAGCCCAGGGUGCCUCGCCGGGGCAGGCAUUUCACGGCACGCCCGCGCCCCUGUCGGUUGGUCUGGGGGAUCAGUUGGAGCCGGAAUUGCAUCAGCGGUUGAGUCGACUGUCGUCGGAGAUUAUCAGACUUUUACGCGAAGCCCAAUAG